CCACCUAGUUCAGGUCACAGACAGGGAAAGGAGAUAUAGCAGUGUCUUUGCUCUUUCUGGUGCAGAUAAAUUGGACUGAGGAAGUUGGGAAAGAAAAUCAGUAGCACAGCUACAACCUUGGCCAUGGCGUGUGUGACCUUUCGAAAACCAGUAUCAGCCACAGUGGGGAAGCAGAUGGUGUUCACAGGCCCAGAUUAUGUAAAGGAUCACCUCCCUCAAGUUGCUCAGCACACUGCCUAUAUAGGAGAAAAGUGUCCUGCAUUAGAGAAAACUGGAGAUCUCAGAUAUUUAUGGAGGCCUGCCUCGAAUAGAAGCUUGCCAGCUAAAUAUAAACCUGAGUACGUUGGUGAAAUUGGCUGGGGAAUACCACAGUAUGAUUUUAUCAACAAAACAAGGCUUCAGACUGGCUUUCACGUCAAGUAUGAAGACUUCAGUCACGCUGCUAUUCACAAACUAAGCCACAGAUACCAGAGCCCAUGGCAACCCAAUCCUUCUAUUAUGGAUGCGGAAGGAAGCCCCAGUCGUGGUUUUAUCGCCUGGCACAUGGGGGAUUACGAGGACACCAGCCAAAGAAACUCCAAACGGGCCGUCCUCCUCCGACAGAGCAAGGCAGCCCUGCCGAUAGCGUCCAGACCGCCAAAGCUGCCGAAGCUACCGAAAAAGGAGGAGAAAAGCAAAUUUCGGCCUCUAUAUCAGGAUGAUGCACGCUGCUACUAGAAGGAAAACUGCCUGCAAGUGCAGAACAAGAGUCAGGUUGUAAGAAGCCACAGGUGCCUCCUGGGUCACCACGGGGAGAGGGGUCCUGCCAUUUAAAGGCCAAAUAAAGGUUUCAAUGAGUA